UUUACAUCCGUCCUCCCGCCUUGCAGAGUUGGGAGAAGGAAGAUUGGGGGGUUGUGGAAAAAUAAAAGGAAAAGCCCCUAUACCAUGUAGACCAUUGCCCCCCGCCCUGCCAUCCGGGCCAGCCGGGGACCCCCCCAGUCUUUGGCCAUGAACGCGAACAGCGAGGGCGAGAGCUUCCCGGGCUCCGUGCAAAUUCCAGGAGGUACAACGGUGCUGGUCGAGCUGACGCCGGACAUCCACAUCUGCGGCAUUUGCAAGCAGCAGUUCAACAACCUGGACACCUUCGUCGCUCACAAGCAGAGUGGCUGCCAGCUGUCCAGCGCGCCUGGGGCGGCCCCCAACACCGUCCAGUUCGUAGCGGAGGAAACGGUGCCCGCCGCGCAGGCGCAGACCACCAGAACCAUCACCUCGGAGACUCAGACCAUCACAGUUUCAGCUCCAGAAUUUGUCUUCGAGCACGGCUACCAAACGUACCUGCCCACAGAGAGCAAUGAAAACCAGACUGCCACUGUUCUCUCUCUGCCUGCCAAGUCACGCGCCAAAAAGCCCACAGCCCCACCUGCUCAGAAGAGGCUUAACUGUUGCUACCCAGGUUGCCAGUUCAAGACCGCUUAUGGCAUGAAGGACAUGGAGCGUCAUUUAAAAAUUCACACAGGAGACAAACCCCACAAGUGUGAAGUCUGCGGCAAGUGCUUCAGCCGGAAGGACAAGCUGAAGACGCACAUGCGGUGCCACACGGGCGUGAAGCCGUACAAGUGCAAGACGUGUGACUACGCCGCCGCCGACAGCAGCAGCCUGAACAAGCACCUGCGGAUCCACUCGGACGAGCGGCCCUUCAAGUGCCAGAUCUGCCCCUACGCCAGCCGCAACUCCAGCCAGCUCACCGUGCACCUGCGCUCCCACACAGCCUCAGAAGUAGAUAAUGAUGUUCCGAAGCCAACUUGCGCCCCCACUGACAACAGGGACACCCAGAAAGCCCCAGUCUCGGCUCCUCCCUCCGAGUCAAAGGAACAGGCAGCCACCCUUGGAGAGAGGACGUUCAACUGCUGCUACCCAGGUUGCCACUUCAAAACUGUGCACGGCAUGAAAGAUUUGGACCGCCACCUGCGCAUCCACACGGGAGACAAACCCCACAAGUGCGAGUUCUGCGACAAGUGCUUCAGCCGGAAGGACAACCUGACCAUGCACAUGCGGUGCCACACCAGCGUGAAGCCCCACAAGUGCCACCUGUGUGACUACGCCGCCGUGGACAGCAGCAGCCUCAAGAAGCACCUGCGGAUCCACUCGGACGAGCGGCCGUACCAGUGCCAGCUGUGCCCCUACGCCAGCCGCAACUCCAGCCAGCUCACCGUGCACCUGCGCUCCCACACAGGGGACACCCCCUUCCAGUGCUGGCUCUGUAGCGCCAAGUUCAAAAUCAGCUCGGACUUGAAAAGGCACAUGAUCGUGCACUCGGGGGAGAAGCCUUUCAAGUGCGAGUUCUGCGACGUCCGCUGCACCAUGAAGGCCAACCUCAAGUCCCACGUCCGCAUCAAGCACACCUUCAAGUGCCUGCACUGCGCCUUCCAGGGCCGGGACCGGGCGGACCUCCUGGAGCACAGCCGGCUGCACCGGGCCGACCACCCUGAGAAGUGUCCCGAGUGCAGCUACUCCUGCUCCAGCGCGGCCGCCCUGCGCGUGCACAGCCGGGUGCACUGCACCGACCGCCCCUUCAAGUGCGACUUCUGCAGCUUCGACACCAAGCGGCCCAGCAGCCUGGCCAAACACAUUGACAAGGUACACAGGGACGAGGCCAAGACAGAGAACCGGGUCCCGCAGGGCAGGGAAGGGCCCCGAGACAGCAGCUCUCCGCACGUGGCCACAAUAGUGACGCAGAGGGCCUUCCGCUGUGAGACCUGCGGGGCCGCCUUCGUCAGGGACGACUCUCUGAGAUGCCACAUGAAGCAGCACAGUGACCAUGGUGAGAACAAGAACUCGGACUUGGUCACCUUCCCGCCUGAAAGCGGCGCGUCGGGGCAGCUGGGUGCCCUGGUCUCCACGGGGCAGCUGGACACCUCCCUGGAGCCCGGCCAGUGCCUCUGAUUUGUGCAGAGAGGCUGGCGAACCCUCUGGAAUUCCAGACAAAUGCUGCUGCCUGGCCCUUUGGGUGAGACCAUCAAGCCGGACUUGUAGUCACCAGCUCAGGGCGUGGCUGCCUGCACCGCAUAGGCCUCCAGAGGCCAUGGCUGCAGCCACUGUGGUGUGAGGGCAGACGCCACAGCAGCGCUACGGAUGCUGUCUCCCCCCCGAGAGUCCCCCGAGCACCAGCUGUCCCGAAUGGGGGUCCGCUGAGCACCGCUCACCCCAGUGGGGACAGCUUCUUCAGGACAGACUGCAGCGCCAAGCCCGGUCCCCCUCUGAUGCAGUUGUUUGACUGGUCAGGCCUCGCAGGCACUGAAGCACAACUGAUCUGUACAGUGGGGAAGGCUGGGAUGGCCUGGGCCCUGGGCAAGGUCUAGUUCUAACCUGGGUGGCAGUUGGGAGAAUGUUCGCCUUACACGUUUUUGUGGGGUCCCUUUUAUCGGUUGUCUUGUAACAAAAAGGCAAACUCAUCUGCAGAAGAAUGUAAGCGGAAUACUCCCGUUUCUCCCAGAGACAGGGUGUGGUGUGUUCCUCUCCAUCCCUGCCCUGCCCCCGCCCCCCUGAUGAUAACAGCAGGCAGGACUUCUUGUCUCAGUGCUGCGACCGGAAAUGCAGUUUGACCUGUAGGUGGCAGCAGAGAUCAAACUAACACAAGCUCAGCCUGUGCCUUUUGAAAUCAAGGUGUGUACUUGUAACUUGUAUUCCUAAAGGACAGACUAGGGCCCAGCCCGCCCGGGGGUUGGUUCUGGACAGGCACUGUGUGGGACAGCCUGAGACCAGCAUCCCUCACCACAGGAAGCACAUGGUGUCUACUGAACCAACAAGUGAAAAUCCAAACCUCUUGUCCGUGUACAUUUGGCCUGACCUAGGAGGCUGUGGGGUGUCAGUGGCUUUAUAACUGGGCCAGACUUGCUUUGUUUGUUCUCCUUUGGCAUCUUUUCAAAUACAGUCUCUGUUUAA